AUGAGACGACACGAUUCACAAUCCAGCACCGAGCACCCUGAUGUCGUUGAAAGCGCGCCAAGCUCACCGUCUCUGAGCAGGAGAAGCACCGGGCAUGACCCGGAAGCCCACCUAGAGCGUCGUGACUCGAAACUGGGCCACCUCGUAGAUUCGAUUCGGAAUGUCAUUAGCCAGGAACAAACAAAGCUGUUUGGCGACGCCAAGUCCUCACAGCAUCACCGCAAAUAUCAAUCCACAGUGGCCGAACGGCUGGAGAAAUUACGCGAGCAAGACCGGUCUCAACGAGAGCGCGUCGAAGAAGAGAUGCUCUCCGACCCCGAGGUCGAAGAGUCCCUCAGUCCCGCCGUCGAGGCCCGGAGCCGCUCGGAUUUGAAUGAGAACAACAUGGGCCCCAGUUCCCAUGAACUCCCCCAGUGCGACAGCUGGAGCUCUUAUCCUGUAUCUUCAAAGGGACCCUCCACGACUGGACGGAAGAGUUCAUUCAAAAAGACAAAGGAAGAAGUGGCCCGUAUGACACCCCAAGACGGAGGCAGCAACUAA